UGUAGGAGUAGGAACAUAGAGUAAUAGAUUAUAGAAUUAUUAUUGGUUAUGGUGUUCCCUUUAUAAACUGUCUCUGGUAAAUAUGGCGUCUAGCACGAAAGAUUGUUCUCUGUUUCUUGGGUGUAAAUAAAUUAAAUAAAGAUUGUUUAAGUGCAUCGGCGGCUUUAAUUUUCAUCCCACAACUUUUGGGGGCUCGUCCGGGAUGGAAAUAAGCCAAAGGUGCUGAAGAUGUACAUAAAGGUGUAAAUAACGUUGUAAAUACGGGUUCAUGUUGGUGAGGGAUUUCACACACGGAAAAGAUGGCGGCGCGCACUAAAGCGAAAUUAUGGUGAAAAUUAAAAAUUAAUAAUGGUGAAUUAAAUUAAGGUGAAAACAUAGAAGGUGAUAAUAAUGUAAAUACGGUGAAGGUGAAAAGAAAAAGGUGAAAAAUUUAUUACUAAGACGACAUGAUGAUGGCGGCAGCGACAAUCCCACGGUUCUCGGGAGCAGACCCGACAUACCCGGCGGCAAGGUGGGUGGAGGAGAUCACCGACAAUGCGGAGGUGUUCGGCUGGUCACCUUCACAAAAGCUGCUGAUGGCGCGACGGGCACUGACUGGUGUGGCAGGUCUGUGGCUCCGUACGGAGAAUACAUUCAAGACCUUUGAAGAACUGCAGCGGGCUCUGCUGGAGGAGUUUCCCUACGAUGUCAACCCGAAGGUGAUCCACGAGCUCAUGACUAACCGCAAGAAGAAGCGCGAGGAGAGCUGUUAUGAGUACAUGCUGGUGAUGAAGGAGCUGGGGAAGCGCGGUGGAUUUGAAGACUACGUGGCCAUACAAUAUAUAGUCGAUGGUAUCGAAGACUGUGUGUUACACAAAGCCAUGCUGUAUGGUGUCACCACAUAUCCGGACCUGAAGGAAAAGCUGAAAAUUUACGAAUAUAUGAAAAGAAAGAUGGAGAUGAGUGCACGAACGAGAAGAGGCGAACGACCGAUAGACGACGUGUCGGUAAAGCAGGACCCCGAACAGCAACAGAGCAGCGGAUGCGGAGACAAGUCGGUGGUGUCGGUAAAACAGCACUCGAGUAUGUUCGAAGUCAGGAUGGACGAGGCCAACAAAUGGAAUAAUGAUUAUUCGAAGGAAACAGAAGUGACAGCGAUAAAGAACGAAUACGAGAAAUGUCAACGUCAGACGGAAGUUGUAAAUAAUGUAAAUAAUAAGCAAGUUUUACAGAAUAAAAAGGAGAAAAGUAGCAAAGAAGUACCAAUAGAGCUGGAGAGUAUUAAGGAGGAAAAGAUUGUUGAACAUAAAGUUGAAGAGGUAUGUGAGACAAAGAUUGUGGAAGAACAAGUUGAAAAGGUGGAAGAAAAAGUUGAAAAGGUAGUUAAAAAGGAGCAUUUUUCAGGCGAGUUUCCUAGUUUGGUGAAGGAGAAAGAUGGCUCGACAAGGAGAUAUAUCGAUAAUAGGAUAAUGAAUACGAAGGUGUAUACUGAAAUAAACGGUAUAAGACAGCCAAUCGAGAAGGAAGUCAUGGUGGCAAGAGCUAUGGAGAUAGAAAGAGCAAGGAGAGUGGGCGAGAAUUGUAAUUUCUCUGAUAGGAUUAUGAAAGACGCAAUGGAAAAAGAUUACCAUGUACUACGCUGAGUACAUGAAGCCAUUGCCUAGAUAUGACACUGAGGAAGGUCUAGGUGAUUUUUAUAAGUUUUUAUUUGUGUGAUGAUGAUGACGAUGAAUGAAUGACGAGGAAUGAGUAUAUUUUUAUUGAAGUUGUAUUUUAGUCUGGGGCACAUUUUUAUUUUCAAAGAAGUUAUGUAAGUUGUUGUUUGCGUUAGUUUCGGUGUUGUAAUGUUAUGUAUAUUUGUUUGUUCUGAAGUUUACAUUAUAGAGUUGUUAUAUUGUCUUAAGAAUGUAGUUAGUAAAGAUUUUUAUGUUGUUAAAUUUUCGAUCUUUGUAAUAGUCUGAGGGCAGACUAUCUGCAGGAUGGCCGGGUUGUAGGAGUAGGAACAUAGAGUAAUAGAUUAUAGAAUUAUUAUUGGUUAUGGUGUUCCCUUUAUAAACUGUCUCUGGUAAAUAUGGCGUCUAGCACGAAAGAUUGUUCUCUGUUUCUUGGGUGUAAAUAAAUUAAAUAAAGAUUGUUUAAGUGCA